UUCCGCCUAAACUGUAGCGUGAAUCCUACCCAGCAAAAGAGGCAGGGAAAUCUGAGGUGCGAAGUACUCCUGUCUUGAAGAUAACGGGACGGAAUGGAAACGGCUGUCAAUUUGCACAAGAAAGCAAAACUAAAUCACACCUUACCGAACUGGGGAAUGCAGCGUGCAACCAAUGUGACAUAUCAAGCACAUCAUGUGAGCAGAAACAAGCGUGGACAAGUUGUGGGCACAAGAAGUGGAUUUCGUGGUUGUACAGUAUGGUUAACAGGUCUGUCUGGGGCAGGCAAAACCACUGUGAGUAUGGCCAUAGAGGAAUUUUUGGUGUGCCAUGGCAUUCCCUGCUAUACCCUUGAUGGUGAUAACAUUCGCCAAGGACUUAACAAGAAUCUUGGCUUCAGUCCUGAAGACAGAGAGGAGAAUAUCCGGCGGAUUGCAGAAGUGGCUAAACUUUUUGCUGAUGCUGGACUUGUGUGCAUUGCUAGUUUUAUUUCACCGUACAGCCGGGACCGAGCAAAUGCUAGAAAGAUUCAUGAAGCAGCUGGUUUGCCAUUCUUUGAGGUGUUUGUUGAUGCUCCAUUAGAUGUUUGUGAACAACGAGAUGUUAAAGGAUUGUACAAAAGAGCGAGAGCAGGAGAAAUUACUGGUUUUACUGGAAUAGAUUCAGAGUAUGAAAAACCAGAAUCUCCAGAACUUGUUUUAAAAACAGAUUCAUGCACAGUGAAUGAAUGUAUUCAGCAAGUUAUAGAUCUCUUGCAGGAAAAGGAUAUUGUACCAGUAGAUGCAUCAUAUGAAAUUAAGGAGCUCUAUGUAUCUGAAAACAAGCUGGACUUAGCCAAGGCAGAUGCAGAAACUUUACCAGCAUUGCAGAUUAACAAGGUUGAUAUGCAAUGGGUGCAGGUUCUGGCAGAAGGAUGGGCCACCCCAUUGAAUGGUUUUAUGAGGGAGCGAGAAUAUCUUCAGUGCCUCCACUUCAAUUGCCUUUUGGAUGGGGGAAUCAUUAACUUGUCUGUGCCAAUAGUUUUGGCUGUGAGCAGGGAUGAUAAAGAAAGACUGGAUGGCUUUACUGCUUUUGCUCUUGUCUAUGAAGGAUGCCGAGUGGCUAUUCUACGCAACCCUGAAUUUUAUGAACACAGAAAGGAGGAGCGAUGUGCGAGGCAGUGGGGAACAACUUGCAAGGAACACCCAUACAUCAAGAUGGUAAUGGAGAGUGGAGACUGGUUAAUAGGUGGAGAUCUUGAAGUUUUAGAUCGAAUUUAUUGGAAUGAUGGCUUAGAUCAGUAUCGUCUUACACCUGCUGAACUGAGGCAAAAGUUUAAAGAAAUGAAUGCUGAUGCUGUAUUUGCCUUCCAGUUGCGCAACCCAGUUCAUAAUGGACAUGCCUUACUAAUGCAGGACACUCACAAGCGCCUCAUUGACCGUGGUUAUAGACGACCAGUUCUUCUUCUCCAUCCUCUUGGUGGCUGGACCAAAGACGAUGAUGUUCCUUUAAUGUGGCGCAUGAAGCAGCAUUCUGCAGUGCUGGAGGAGGGCAUUCUUAAUCCUGAAACAACUGUUGUAGCUAUUUUUCCUUCUCCAAUGAUGUAUGCAGGACCAACAGAGGUCCAGUGGCAUUGCAGAGCACGUAUGGUAACGGGCGCAAACUUCUACAUUGUUGGCCGUGACCCUGCUGGCAUGCCACAUCCUGAGACUGGGAAGGAUCUCUAUGAACCUUCACAUGGUGCUAAAGUUCUAACCAUGGCCCCUGGUUUGAUUUCUUUGGAAAUUGUUCCAUUUAAAGUUGCUGCGUAUAACAAGACAAAAAAACAAAUGGACUAUUAUGAUCCUAAAAACCAUGAAGAUUUUGAUUUCAUCUCAGGAACGCGCAUGCGUAAAAUGGCACGUGAAGGACAGAAACCACCUGAAGGCUUCAUGGCUCCCAAAGCAUGGGAUGUUCUAAGUGAUUACUACAAAUCUUUGGAGAAAUGUUAAGAUUUACGGAGGGCAUAGAAAUCUUUUAACAGUUAAUGAAUUAACCGGGGACCCCACAGUUACUGUACUUACUGCUUUGUUGUGGUGUUUGUCAGGAAGUCAUUUCCUAAAUGGAGAUUCUUACCAUAAAGCUGCCAUCACAGCUUAUAGUCUUAUGGAUUCUAUUAUAUACUUGUAAUGAACAAAUUACUCAAAUUAGUUUUUUUUUAAUGGAUUGACUUAAUUUUCUUUUUACAGCAGUCUAACAUAACAAGCUUGUACAAUUAUAAAUUAUUUUGAAGUCAUCUGGAUUUAUUUGUUUUAGUUUCCUUUAUUUUUAACUUAUUUUUAUUUCAAGAAACUUUUCAUAGCUGAUUCUGCUAAGAAUUUUAUCCAGUCUUAGUGUUUGCCUUGUCAAACAGAAUACUGGGUUAUUUUUCCUUUCAGAAUUGUUGAUAUGAUUUGAGUGUCACCUUGAAUUUUAAGUUUGAAUCCAAAUGCAAACCAUUUAACAAAGAUUAGUAAUCAUUUAGUAAGUAAAUGAGAUAUUGCAAUAGAGAAGUGGUCCACUCUAUUUAUUUCAUCUACAGAAAGAAUGCUUUCUUAUUUGAAGACUGAUCUUUCAAGUUUAAUACCUGUUUCCAGACUUCAUGGGGGUUAUGUGAUGCAAGUGACUUGGGAGUUUAGGACUAAUUUACCAAUGUCAUUCAGCUUUUUAGCUGCCACUUUCUGUAAAUUCUUAUUUAUACCUUUUUUGGAGAUUCUGCCUAUUAAAUGUAGGCUAAAGAUA